UGAAGCUCGUGAAGGAGGCGUGAGGCCUAACUCUCCUGUGUGCAAACAGCUAGCUAAUGCUCUGAGAUAAUCGAUCGUGUGUGGAUUUUAUAAAACGAGAAAAAUCGAUUGAGAAAAAUAAAGAAAAGAAACAUAAUUUGCUGCAGGAGUUCUACCUGCCUCUAUGUCGCUGGAAGCGCCCCCAGAUCCACCUGCCACCAUGUCGCUGGAAGCACCAGCACCAGACUUAUCCCCAGAACUAGCUGCAGAUUCAGCCCCAGAAUUAGCCCCUGAGCUAACACCAGAUACAGCCCCAGACCUAGCUGCAGAUUCAGCUCCAGUCCCAGUAAUGAACCCAGGGUGUAAGAUCAUGACCUUCCGGCCCACCAUGGAGGAAUUCAAGGACUUUGCCAAAUACGUUGCCUACAUGGAGACUCAAGGAGCACACCGUGCAGGCCUGGCAAAGGUGAUUCCCCCUAAGGGCUGGAAGCCGCGGCAGUCAUACGAUGUCAUCGAGGAGAUGACGAUCCCUGCUCCCAUCAUGCAGGUGGUGACUGGCCAGUCAGGCCUCUUUACCCAGUACAACAUCCAGAAGAAGUCCAUGACCGUUGGGGAGUACCGCCAACUGGCCAACAGCAGAAAGUACUGUACCCCCCGACACAAGGACUUUGACGACCUGGAGAGGAAGUACUGGAAGAAUCUCACCUUCGUGUCUCCAAUCUACGGUGCUGACGUCAGCGGCUCCAUCUAUGACUCAGAGAUCAGUGAGUGGAACAUCGGCCACCUGAACACGCUGCUAGAUAUGGUGGAGCAGGAGUGUGGCAUUGUGAUCGAGGGAGUGAACACACCCUACCUGUACUUUGGCAUGUGGAAGACCACCUUUGCCUGGCACACCGAGGACAUGGACCUCUACAGCAUCAACUACCUGCACUUUGGAGAGCCCAAGUCCUGGUACGCCAUCCCACCUGAGCACGGGAAAAGGCUGGAGAGGCUGGCUCAAGGUUUCUUCCCAGGCAGUUCCCAGGGCUGUGACGCCUUCCUCCGCCACAAGAUGACUCUCAUCUCCCCGUCCAUACUGAAGAAGUACAGCAUCCCCUUCGACAGGGUCACUCAGGAAGAAGGCGAGUUCAUGGUCACCUUUCCCUAUGGCUACCAUGCCGGUUUCAACCACGGCUUCAACUGCGCCGAGUCCACCAACUUUGCCACCCUGCGCUGGAUUGACUACGGCAAGAUGGCAACACAGUGUACGUGUCGUAAGGACAUGGUGAAGAUCUCCAUGGAUGUGUUUGUGCGCUGCCUGCAGCCGGAGCGCUACGUACAGUGGAAGCAAGGCAAGGACGGCACGGUGCUGGACCACCAGCGACCCACCACCCUGACCAGCCCUGAGCUGGAGCAUUGGAGGGCCAACCGGGUCACCUACCGCCAGAAACUGCUUCAGAGAGCUUUACAGAAGAAGGAGCAGCUGCGGCGGCUGAAGCUGGAGGAGGUCAAGGUGCUGGCGGAGGAAGGCAUCGAGCUGGAUGCCGCCGAGUACCAGCGCCAGGUGGAGGAGCGCGAGGCCCAGCGGCGCCAGGAGAGGGAGGAGAGGAUGGCCAGGGAGGCCCUGCAGACUCUGGAGGCAAUGGAGAGAGAGGACCGGGAACGGGAGGAACAGGAGAGACAGGACCGGGAGAGGCAGGAUGACGUUGCCGACCAGGCCACAGGAGUACAAGACCCCCAGGCAGACCCGCGGCACUUGACAGCGAAUGGAGAGAAGAGGAAGAAGAAGAAGAAGAAGAAGAAACAACAACCGACCCCGCCACCGGUCCCUAUAAACUCCUUCCAAGCAGCUUUUGAGAAGUUUGCCACGUUCAACAUGCCCCCAAAGGAGCCCCAAGACACCAAUGACACAGAAAUACCAGCAGAGGGCAGGCUUGAUGUGAAAGACAUGCAGCAGCAGUCAUCGUUCUACUCCAAGCAGCUGAAGAUGGAGGUGAAGAAGAGUCGCCGGCACCCCCUCAGCAAGCCGCCUAUGCGCUCUCCGCUAUCCAUCGUCAAGCAGGAAAUGUCCAGCGAUGAAGAGCUGUUCUCCCCCUUGCCACUGGAUGGCCACGUGAAGAAGGCGGGCCACUUGUGGCAGAACCGCACUCCUAACAUCCUGGCUGAGAAGAGUUUCAAUGCGGCCGUGGCCACCCUGGAACCCUACUGUGCCGUAUGCACUCUGUUCUGCCCAUACACACAGCCCCAGAAGGACUCUCUGUACCCGUCCGACAGCCCCAGUGCCCCCAACCACCCCCACGCUCCCCGCUGCGGAAGCCGCACCCACCCGCUGGUCCCCGAGAUGUGCUUCAGCGCUGGGCCGGACAACACAGAGCCGCUGCCCUCCAACUCCCACACGGGAGAAGACUGCACCAGCCUGCUGCUCUCCUGCUCCUCCUGCAGUCUGCAGGUCCACGCCAGUUGUUAUGGUGUUAGUCUGGACACGGUACACGAUGAGUCCUGGAUGUGUUCGCGAUGUACAGCGCUUGCCUGGACAGCAGAUUGCUGUCUGUGUAACUUACGGGGAGGCGCUCUAAAGAUGACCACAGACAACCGGUGGGUCCAUGUGAUCUGUGCCAUCGCCGUGGCGGAGGCUCGCUUCGUCAACGCCAUCGCGAGGGAGCCGGUAGACAUCAGCGCCAUCCCUGAGAGCAGGAAGGUUCUGAGGUGUGUGUACUGCCACAAGAACACCAAACAGAUGUGCGGUGCGUGUAUCCAGUGUUCCCACGACAGCUGCUCCACCUCCUUCCACGUCACCUGCGCCCACAUUGCCGGCGUGGUCAUGAAGCCAGCCGAUUGGCCCUACGUGGUGUCUGUCACCUGCCACAAGCACAAGAAGACCAAUCACAAGGCAAGGGCGGGGCCAAGGGGGGAGUUUUCUCUGGGCCAGAAGGUAAUUGGACGGAACAACGAUGGCUGGUUCUACCCCUGCACCGUCAUUGGCAUGACCUCACAAACCUUCUACGAGGUCAACUAUGAUGACGGCUCCUUCUGUGACAACAUGUUCCCCGAGAACGUUGUGAGUCAUGACUGUCUUCGUAACGGCCCCCCAGAGACAGGCGAGCUGAUGUUGGUCCACACCAUGGAGGGCCAGGUGCUCAACGCCUCCUACGUCAAGGAGCACGUGCACAAGCACUACCAGGUGGAGUUCCAAGAUGAGUCCCAGCUGUUACUGAAGCAAACAGAGAUCCACUCGCUGGAGCAGGACCUGCCCAAGAGGGUCUGCACCCGCCUGGCAAUACCAACCCAGGAAGCCCUUCUGUCAGGAGACGAACCACAGGCAGCCAAGAGGCCUCGCCUCCCCGCCCCUCACCCCCCACCUCUCACCCCCAUGGACCCCGGAUGCCACCCCCCAGCUACAGGCCCUGUACCUCACAGUAUUGCACCUCCCACACCCAGCCAUGCUCCUGGUCCCCCCAACACUGAUAUCAGUGCCCUUACCCUCACCCAGGCUCUGGCAAUAGCCAUCCCCGAGCCCACCCUCACCCCAAUGCCAACUCUCGCUGAUCCUCUCCCAGCCCCGUCUGCCCUAGCCGCCCCUCUGCCGCCCCUCUCCCCAGCCGUGCCCUGCCAGGACCAAGGUGAAGGCUACACGCCCAGCUCCAUGCCCUUCCAGGACCAGGGUGAAGGCUACACGCCCAGCUCCAGCUACGUGUCCUACAUGGAGACGCUGCUUAAUGCACACUUCCCCACUCAGGAAGAGGGCCCCGGGCCCCUGUUUUAAUGAGACACACCGCUCCGCAGUGAUAGCUAGGCUAACAGGAGCUAAGCUAAUGUUAGGAAAGAUAACGUAAUCUAUGCUAACGUAAUAUAUGCUAACGGAGGCUCAGCUAACGGAGGCUAACUGAUAGACAGUAGCAUCUGCUACACAGGAGCUGAAAACAGAAUGCAGAUAAAGCACUCCUCAGUUGCAUGUCUUUUUGGUGGGGGGGGGUGGAUUUUCUCACUGCUGUGGUGUGGUUAUGGCCUUCUCCUGGAACUGCAGCGGAAGAGGAGGCUUCUUUUCUCACUUCUGUGUAUCUCUGCAAUUGUGCAAGACACAAUGUAUAGACAUGAAUAGACUCACGAGCAUCAACACCAUACCUCUUUGCAUCCAUUUAUUUACCCACUUCCCUCGCUUUUACAGAACGGAGAAACCAUCCACGUGGGCACGUGACGUCAGCAGUCUACGUGCAUCAGCUUGUUGUGUUAAUCUAUGAAACCAGCAAGAAAUAUUUUUUAAUAGAAGCCAAACCAACCGCUUACAAUGAAACAGAAAAUCAUAUGGACAGAAUAUUUGUGUACAGUUUCAAUAAUGUAUUUUUGUUUGUGAGAGGUUCUGGGAAAAGGUGGGGAUGUAUUAUGGGGGGUUUCACAAGUAUUUAAAUGUCUUAUUCACGUAUUGAUAUAAAAUAUUUGUACAGAAAAAAAAAAAAAUGGCAACGCAACCAUGGUAGUUACACUUUAUUGUAAUCUUGUCGGCAGAAACAUUGCAUUUUGUGAGGAUGUGUUGCAGUAGUUAUGAGUGUGACCUUGUAUCGACUAAACCCAAAACAGUCAUGUACACAUGGCUCACGUUUUCCAACUCCAGAAAUUCUCUGGGCUUGUUUUGUAGCAUUCUUGGUCAAAUCAAUAUUAUUAUUCAACGUUGUCUGUUCAUUCUUUUCUCUCUGUUUAUUUUGUGAAUAUAUAAACUAACCUCACGAGGUGACAGAGAAAAUGCUUUGAUUAUCAAAUUAUGAUACUUAUUUUUGGAGAUUUUAGAGGCAUAAAUUCAAUUUCUACUCCGGUAAACAAAAAAACUGCAUUUUCAAAUGGUAUGUUGACUAUCUUUAUAGAGGUGCUAUCCUGGACUACUGAGGGAGCAUGUUUCUCAUACCCUCAGUCACAUUGUACAUAGUGCAAGCCUUGUGUGUGAAUGAAAUCUGUCAAUGUCAUACUAGCCAUGUUAAUUGAACUGUUUUUACAAUAGAAUUUCAUUACAGAUCGAUGUUCUUAUGUGGAAACCAACUGUGAAGAGGCUUUAUUUCAUAGGAAUUAAACUGAGUUGUUAUAACCA